GUCCCUUACAUUAUUGACUUCCUGUGUUUGAGGAACACGUGCAAAGAUGGUUCGUAAACUGAAGUACCAUGAAAAGAAAUUACUGAAAAAGGUCGAUUUCAUUUCCUGGGAAAUCGACAAUAAUGUUUCUGAAGUCAAGGCAUUGAGGAAAUAUCAUAUUCAGAAGCGUGAAGAUUACACAAAGUACAAGAAACUUGCCUAUCACAUACGGGAGUUGGCCAAGCAGAUACGGGAACUCGAUGCCAAGGAUCUGUUCCGAGCCGAAGCCAUGUCCCAGCUGUUGGAGAAACUACACAGCAUGGGGUUGAUUCCAACAAAAGGCAGUUUGCAGCUUGUGUCGAAGGUGACUGCAUCAGCAUUUUGUAGGAGGCGACUUCCGAUUGUGAUGGUGAGAAGUCACAUGGCCGAGAAUCUGCGUGCAGCCACAACAUUCAUUGAACAAGGACACAUCCGUGUCGGACCAGAAGUGAUCAGUGAUCCUGCCUUUCUUGUCACCAGGAACAUGGAGGAUUUCAUCACAUGGACAGACACCUCCGCUAUCAGGAAACACGUCCUGGACUACAACGAUAUCAGAGAUGACUUUGACAUCAUGGGCUGAUUACAGAAGCCACUUUUUAACUGGAGCGUGUUUGUUCUGUCUGAAAGUACGGGUGUUUGGGUAUUGAAGGCAACACAAUUUGCAGUGCAGAUAUGUGCCCAAGACUGGCCAGAAACCCAUGAUGCUGAGUUCUAACCCCACAUUUGGCCUGUAUAUGUGUCCCAGUUUAUUGAAGCAAUACCCAAUCUGUACCCAAUCUGAACCAAACCUCAUGGAACUGCCGUAGUUUGUGCCCCACGUCAAGCUAACAUGGCAAGAUGUUACACAGUACUGUUCCAAAUGUGAUGUUAAACAUAACAGUCUCACUCAUGUUUGAAUGUAUAACUGGAUGAUUGUGGAAAUAAAUGAUCUUGACAA